UCUAUUCCCAGAUUCUCUUCCUUUGCCUCUCCUUCCUCCCUUGCUCCCACUGCUCGUCCAUUCAUGCAAUCACCUCUGCAGUGUACUGGGAUUCCACAGCAUCCAGGAACUAACGAUUGCAGAAGCUGAGUUUUGGUGCCUGCCAAGAACACCUACGCACCGAUGAGGAGACUUUUAUACAUUCUGCUAAAGGACUUGAGAUAAGGAGAUUCUGGAUUUUAUUGCUUUUUGCCACAGUCACUUUACAAAUGAUAACUUUACACUUUAGCCCAUCAUGCUUUUGAAGUCGGGACUAUUCUUAACUUUGUGUCUGUUUACCCUCCAAGCAAGUCAAAUCAAAGACCUUCACGACCACAGUUUUUCUGGACUCAGGGAUGUAAAGUACCGACACUUUCUGGAAGCUUCCAGGCCAAUCCCACAUGCAACCAAUGUCAGAGCAGAGCAGGGUGGACAUCGGGGAAAGAGGUCAACGAUCUUCACUACGGGUGUCAAAGUGUGUCCCCAGGAGAGUGUGAAAGCAGUCAUCGGCAGCCACCGGGCCUAUUACAAACUCAGAGUUUGUCAGGAAGCAAUUUGGGAAGCUUUUCGGAUCUUCUUGGACAGAGUGCCAAACUCAGAAGAGUACAGGGCCUGGGUUUACACCUGCCAGCAUGAAAACCUCUGCAUGGACGACUUGGCUCACAAUUUCAGCAGCUCUCAGGAGCACCUGGACAUGGUCGCCAGAAGAGUAACUGAGGAAAAUGAAGGAAUUGAAUCUGGGACUGCAGAGCCAGGAAGUGAAUGCACCUGGACUCCGCCUGUGAUUCUCCUUCCAACUGAGGCUGAUGUGGUUAAAGACAUAAACCCCAGCAUGAUGAAAGAAAACUAUGAAGAGUAUAUUGUUGAGUUCAGGAUCACCAUCGUGGAUCCGACAUACAGCGAACUGCUCAGUAACCCCGAGACUGCACAGUACAAUGACAUCGCCCGAGACCUCAAACAAAGGAUGCUUCAUGUGUUUGAAAAGGUUCCAGGAUUCAAAGAGAUACGUGUUCUGGGAUUUCGACUGGAGGAUGUGUCUGUACGGUAUGCUGUGGUCUUUAAUGGAGAAACAGAGCUGAAUGAGGAACCUGAGGGUUAUGUCACAAGCACAGGGGAAGACAUAAAUGCUCCUAAACUAAAGCACAUCAUUGUAAAAGCAUUAAAGCAGGAGACAUCACUACCACUGGACAUACAGACACUAAGCUUUGAGGCUGUAACCACAGUUUAUCCAGUUGCUGAGCUCAACUUGAAUCCUGUUGAGACUGUAAUAUCCGAGGAUGACACCACAGAGGCACCAACAGAGGACAACGCUCUCACCCAAAGUUUCUUCCCCACCUUGGGAGUGAUUGAAACCGCAUUAGAAGCUUCUACUGUCAAACCAGAAACACACACGUUUGUGCCUUUCAUCCCCAACAUCCUCCCAGAAGUCACUUCUGCCUUCACAGUGGAGAAUCCUUUAUCGGCAGCUGUAGAAGAGGAGUCCACAAACGAUGCUGCAGAGGAGGCCGUUACACAAGGAGCAAAAGUGGAGACUCUCACAGAGCAGGUGGAGGAAGCAGAGACAGAGGUGGAGGAAAUACCAUCAGCUGAGCAUGAAGAAGGAGGUGAGGGUGAAUCAGAGGAGGAGGUGACAAAAGAACCCAGACAAGCUGAUGGGGGAAAUGAGCAUCCAGAUCAAAAGGAUGAGGACCUUUCUGUAACAACUCCAAACAUCCAGCCUAAGGAAGUUGUGACUCAUGCUGAGGUUUUGACUGACCUGUCACUGCCUACUUACCCUAUCGCAAUUUCGGAGAUGUCUAUCACAGAAACAGCAGCACCAGUUUCCACACCAUCAUCACUUGAGGGCAAAGUCCAAGGCAUUGAACCAGAAACAGAUGUGAAGUCUUCGCCAUCCCCUGUGGAUAGCAGCAAAGCCCCUGAGGAUGCCAAUGAGUCAAGUGGAGGGCACAGUGGAGUAGCCCCAGUCUCAGUGGACCUUAUUGCUGAAAGUUCAAACAGUCAAAAGAAAGGAGGACAGAGUCAGAAUGGUACAGAGUUGGUGUCCAAGCCCCAUGAAGUGGAAAGUGGUAGUGGAGUCGCCUCAGAGUCUGAAGAACGCCCAUAUGAGUCCACUGCUGCCCCAAUCAUUAGACAAGCCAGCACACCUCUGAUGACAGCAGUGGAUAAGAGCAAAGAGUUAGUGGUUUUCUUUAGCUUGAGGGUCACUAACAUGAUGUUUUCUGAUGACCUGUUCAACAAGAGCUCUCCUGAGUAUAAGACACUGGAGAAUACGUUUCUUGAACUGACACAACAUUCUGGGUCCAGAAAUUCGCCAAACCCUGGAGCUUCCAGUAAAUCUGGGCCUGGGAGACAGACGACUUUAGCCUCCAUACCGCUUUUGCCAUAUUUGCAGUCCAACUUGACGGGAUUUAAGCAGCUGGAAAUUCUUAACUUCAGGAAUGGAAGUGUUGUGGUAAACAGCAGGAUGAAACUGGACAAGCCCGUACCUUAUAAUGUCACAGAAGCAGUGCACUGCGUGCUUGAAGACUUCUGUAAUGCAGCUUCCAAAAGGCUUGAUAUUGAAAUUGACAGUCGCUCCUUGGAAAUAGAACCAGCUGACCAGGCAGACCCCUGCAAGUUCCUGGCCUGCAAUGAGUUUUCACGCUGUGUGAUAAACAGUUGGACCAACGAGGCAGAGUGUCUGUGUGAUCCAGGCUACAGCACAGUGGACGGGUUGCCUUGUCAGAGCACUUGCACCCUGCAGCCAAACUACUGCCUGAAUGGAGGCCUGUGUGAAAUAAUCCCAGGCCACGGUGCAACCUGCAGAUGCCCCGUGGGUAAAUAUUGGCACUACCAUGGGGAACGCUGCAAUGAGCUGGUGUCAGUGCCGGUAGACCCGUCACUAAUUGUAACCUGCCUUGUGGGAAGUCUCUGCCUUGUUUGUGCCGUCCUUGGCGUUUUAAUAUUCAUCAACAAGAAAUGCAUAAAAACCAGAAAGGCUGUAACUUUGGUGCAGACUCUUGCCCCUUAUGCCUUUGAGAAUACUCUGAGGGAGAACCCAGUAUUUGAGAAUGACGAUGGUGUCUUAACUCACGUGUCCACAUUACCAUGCCCGUCAACUUCUGCUUCCUCCCAGUCCCAACACUCUGAGCAAGAACAUUUUGCCUCCAUUGAAAAUAUACAUUUGAGUAUCGAGAUCCCCAGACAACUCUACACAACAAGAUCAGAAAGAUUAGUCUCAGAAAUGGUGGAUUUUCAUCACGGUAUACCACACAAUGAGACGUGGCGACUGUCAAAUGAAUACAGAACGUGUCAUGUUUUAAGGGCAUCGGAUAAUGAAUGUUUCGAAGUUUCAGUUCUCUGAUGAAUCCUUGUUCAUUUGAAGAUCUGUCAACUCACUAACACGGUGCGAAACAGGAGGGAGGAAAAAAAGAACUAAUGUUGCUGUCUAACUGUAUAUGGGUGCAGAUACCGUAAAGCAGUGAUCCAGUUUAAUUGUUCAUAGUGAUGAAAGUCUCUUAUUAGACAGAGAGCUAUGGAUACUGCUGUGCACUUAGGUUGUGUUCAAGUGGAACCUAAUAUUUAUUUUAUAUAAUGAAUGGUAGGAACAUUUCCUGUAUACCCUUGACAAAGGUUUUUCUUUCCUCAC